AUGUCGAAACCGAAUGACUUUGACGCUGUCCGCCAGGACGUUCGCUCUAUUCUGAAGAAGAAAGACUACGACCACGGCUCUAUUGGGCCUGUUCUCGUACGUCUCGCCUGGCACGCAAGCGGCACCUACAGCAAGGAAGAUGACACCGGUGGCUCCAACGGCGCUGGUAUGCGCUACGAGGAAGAAGGUGGCGACCCUGCCAAUGCCGGUCUUCAGGAAGCACGCAAGUUCCUCGAGCCCGUCAAGGAGCGCCACCCCUGGAUUACCUACGCAGACCUUUGGACGCUUGCAGGCGUCGAGGCCGUCCGUGCGAUGGGUGGCCCCGACAUUCCCUGGAAGUCUGGCCGUACCGACUUUGCCAACACCAAGUACCUGCCUCCGCGCGGCCGUCUGCCGGACGGCGCGCUGGCUCAGGACCAUUUGCGCGAUAUCUUUUACCGCAUGGGUUUCAACGACCAGGAGAUUGUCGCGCUGUCUGGUGCACACAACCUCGGCCGUUGCCACAAAACACGCUCUGGCUUUGACGGCCCGUGGGUCGUGAACCCGACGCGCUUUGCCAACACCUACUACCGUUUCCUCCUCAACUUGGACUGGAAGCCACGCAACUGGGACGGUCCGUUCCAGUAUUCGGCGUACGCGCCGGGUAUGGACGACGACGACGAGCCUCUUAUGAUGCUGCCGACCGACUACGCGCUUGUCCAGGACGAGAAGUUCCGCCCUUGGGUCGAAAAGUACGCGGCCGACCAGAAGCUCUUCUUUGAGGACUUUUCUAAGGUGUUUGCCAAGCUCAUUGAGCUCGGUGUGUACCGCGACGAGGAUGGCAUUGCCCGCUGCGACAAGCGCGAUGCCAAGGGCUCGUACAUCUCUGCGCCCAAGAAGUCGGGCGUGCAGUCGAGUCUCUAA